UGCAGUUGUACACCGCGUCCGGGUCGCAGUAGAAUAUGAAAUCUGCAGCAUACCGUAGCUUCCAACUCCAUAUAUAAUUUUAUUUCUUUCUUUCAUCUUCUUCCAAGAAUCAAAUCUUUGAAACAGCGAAGAAUACAAAGAGAAAGAUCAGAAAAAGUUUAAAGAAAUGGGAGAUUGCAGGCCAUUAGGGUUCUUGCUGGGACUGCCAUUUGCUUUGGUUGCUCUGCUUUUGUCUCUCGUUGGUGCUGCUGUCUGGAUCAUCGGGAGUGUACUGAGUUGCUUGUGUCCAUGUUGUGUAUGCUGUGCUGGUCUGGCGAAUUUGGCAAUGGACCUUAUAAAGCUUCCUUUCAAAAUACUCAAAUGGUUCACUCAUCAGAUCCCUUGUUGAUUUCUUCUUUUCAUUCUGCUUGUUUUCUUUUGUUUUCCUUUUUUUUUUUUUUUUUUUCUCAAGGGUUUAUAGAUUUAUUUUAACUCUGUAAUUUUGUAAUUUCUUUUAUUUCUCAGUGUUUUAUUUUUCCAUAUUUAUUAUAUUGAUUUUUGGAUUGUAAAAUGUUGGAUUUUGACCAUUAUUUGUAUUGGAUUCUUUUCUCCUGUAUUAUUAUUGAAUAAUUCAAAUACAUGUUU